AAACUCUAGGUCUUUAAAAAUAACUGUGGUUUCUCUGUCUUAGAAAAAUAUGUUCGAUAUUAGAUGACAAAUGGCUGCCUCAGCUUUUGUGUGUUAAACAUUGUCAUAGAUUUGCCUCUUCUGGACAAAUGAAAAUACCGUGGCAUUCUUUAGAUCUUCAUCACUUUUUCUGGAAAGAGGAAAAGUGUGGACGGUCUCUUUCAUUACUCUUCCCUCCUCCUCUAUAAAGUAAAACACUUUUUUAAGCGUCGGAUUCACUGUACGCAUGUGGUAGCUGUUGGCAGCGAACUGAAAAACGGUUCUUCACAUGCGUAUAGAGCAGGGAUCAGCUUUUUAGCCAAUCGGUGUCCGUAAUAGGGAGGUGUUCGCCUUGUAGAGGUGUUCUUUAAGUGGCUACAUAGGUAGCGCGCGACUGGUCCUUUGUUUAAAUAAUAAUUUAUUUGUUAAAGGACCACACCAUCCAAAGAAUGGUCAACAUGUAGCCGUGACUCGUACCAAAAAUACCUUGACAGAGGAUUGGAUGCGUGUUUAUUCAACACACCAACUAAAGUAAGCUCAAGGAUAUUUGAAUUGUUUCUGGUUUACCGUCCACCUUUAGUUUUACCGCCUCUUAUUAAACUCAUUUUUUGGUUGUCGUUCUUAGAUGUUUGGUGACGCUGUUUGUGGCAAUGGCUUCAAAGAGGAAGGUGAAGAGUGUGACUGCGGUACAGUUGAGGUACAGUGAAUCUGUAUAGUAUUUGUUGUAAAAGGCUUAUUUCGAAUUAUCAAAACGAGGCUCAGAGGUAAGGACCAUAAAAAAGGCGCUGUGGGAGCGUAUAUUUGGGCGUCGAUGUACUAGGCGUGUGUGAAGUUUUUUUUAUGUGUAUUAGGGAUGUGUAUGUGUGAGUAGUACAGUAGCGUUGUAGGGGUUGGUUGAUAUGUGUGAAGUAGAAGGCGUGGAGUUAUAUUGGACGUGGAUUGGUAAGAUAAAUGAAAAUAAAAGAAGUGAAUAAUUAAUCCCUGAAUCUCAAUACAAUUUCUUUUUUUAAUUUCCCCCUACCGUCGGGGUCAUGUGCGUAUUUUAAUAAUUAGAAACUGGCCUGUAAGAUACUGUAGCCUAUAUAGAGCUAAUUCAAUGAAAUUGCAUAGUCAUGACAUCUCAUUUACUAGCCUCUUAAAAUUAUGAACCUCGGCCUCAUUAGAUACCGCGUCCCUUGAUCUCGUGGAACCUCGACACUGAUGUUAUAUUGGAUAACGAAGAUACAACAUGCAUUCUUUAUUUGCAAGUCAAUAGUGUCACCCUCCCGUAACCUUAAUGACAUGUUAAUGUCAUAAUUGUUUAGGAGUGUGAAAAGUAUAGCGAAGGCUGCUGUAAUGCUACGACCUGUAAACUUCUUCCUGGUUCUGAAUGUGACACCGGCCCUUGUUGUGGCAAUUGUAAGGUAAGACUUUGCUUCUAGACUUGUGAUACAUAAUCUUACGUCAAUGAACCGCAGUCAUAAACAAUAAGAGUAACCAUAAGAUCCAAACGCUACAAUCUGAAGCAUAAAUUUAGUUUGCUCGUUUUCACUGUUUGCAGAUAAAGGCACAGGGUACUUUAUGCCGAGAAAAAGUGAACGAAUGUGACUUGCCCGAACAUUGCGACGGAACAUCAGAAUUGGUAAGCAAAUUUGUCUAUUCUAAAUAUUUCUCAGAUUCUCAAACUUCUCAAAUUAUUCUCUUAAGAAGAAACCCCAAGUGAUUUUUUGGCUUGGUGGCCUAUUACUAAAUGAUAUCACUGGCCUUGGUCCUUAAGUGGAGAUACGAUCAGUCCAUACCAGUGAGAGCUCCACGCCAAUACAGUCGACUCCCAAUAACUCGAACCGUCGCUAACUUGAACCUCGCGCUAACUGAACCUAAAUUGAUUUCUCCUGGAUUUCCCUCAUACAUUUAUUGUAAUUUUACCCUCGGUAACUUGAACCCCCAAUAACUCGAACCUCCCGUUAACUCGAAGUAAUUUUAGUUUCCCUUCAGAUCAUUUCUAUACAAUUGUGCCCUCGAUAACUCGAACUAUGUUUUUAGCGGGUGACAAGUAAAGAAAAAAAGUCAGCUGCAUUCCAAAACAUAUUUCAAAGCGAUCGUAUAUUCUUUGUCUUUACUUGUUUUGGCAGGCCAAUUCAAAUACAAUGUUCAAUCAUUUUUAUUUGCUUCGAACUCCCGAUAACUCGAACUUUUUUCGAUUUCCCUUGAAGGUUCGAGCUAUCUGGAGUCGCAAAAAGCACCGGAAAAUUCUUGCGUGCGCGCGGCAUUUUUGAGGAGGUGGCUUUUUUGAAAUUGUAGUGUAAUACCAACAAGGCCGAAGCAAUAAUGCAAAGCGAACCAGGGUCGGAUGGGUUGCAAAAAAACAUCUUAACCUUAAGGGAACUCGUAACUAUUAUUUCAAAACAAUAUGUUGUUAUUACAGAACAACCGUUAAGAGGCCUAUUAUCGUAAGAAGGUUUUGUGCAAGCUAGCCCAGGCACGCUGAUUAAAACAACUUUCAGUUGGAGUUCACUAACAGACAAUGUGUUUAUCCAUCAGUGCCCAAGCAAUAAAUAUGUUCAGAAUGGCAAGCCAUGUGGAAACAACAAGGUCAGAAUCCUACUUAGUGUUAUCGUUAAUUCUAUUAUAAAAUAGAUUUAAAAGGUUUGAUGUGUUUGUUUUUCUUUCGCAGGGAUACUGCUACAACAGUGAAUGUCCCUUACAUGACGAACAAUGUCAAGACUUGUGGGGGCCUGGUAUGAACUUUUUGUCUCCCAAGCUUUAAAGCCGGUUGCACCUUUUUUUGUUCAAAACGUUGACGUUUGUGUCUAAAACCCUGGUGGCGGGAGCCCCGUAUGUUACCUAAACGGGGAUAUGCCGUUCAACAGGGUGUGGUUUUCGGGGUCUUGAGUCUUAAAAAAGGGUAUACGAUUUCAUCAGAUCCAGUGAUUUUGUUAGAAAUCGUUAUGUUGAGUCCUGGGACUCAUCUUGUGAAAAAUCAUGAGUCCCAGUCUAGAACCAUUGAAUCUCAGUUCAAAAAACAACGAGUUUUAAAUUGAAAAAGCUUGGGUCUUUACGUAACCAGGCAGCAAACUCUUUAUCACAGUUUACUGAAAUUAAAACAUAGUCCGUCUGUUUAAACAGCAAAAAUGAGGGAACUAAAAUAUAUAUGCAUCGUUAAACAACAACUACAUUAACAGCCACAGAAAUCACACGAACAGGAUUUUCUACCAAAACAUGUUCAGAUCGAUCGAUCGAUCUUUGCGUCCUACGGGACGCAUCCAUUGAAUUAUUUUGCGUCUUAAAAGAUUAUGAGUUCAGGGACGCAGGACGCAGAGGUAACAAAUUCAAUGCAGAUCAGUGAAAGUGCUGUGAGGCGGAGCCUGCAGUUUUUUUCUAUAUCCGAAAAGUGUAGAAUGAUGAACAUUUGCAGAUGCCAGGACAAAGGUGGCACAUUCACUGAGUGUUACACCUACACUACUUAGUGUCAAGUCACUAUUCAGCGCCGGAUUCUCACCCGUCUUCUGUAGCUCCGAAGUUUGAUACCCAACCAGUUUAUCUUACCAGUCAGCAAAUUAAAGCUUUUUCUUGACUUAAUUUUGAGUUGAGGUGUCCGUAAUAGGAAAAGCCCUAUAAGAGCUGAUAUCUCAUGUUGGUCUCCUCGCGGACUCUUAAUUAUUUACUUGUUACUUUCGUGCAGUCGCCAAGUCCGGUCCAGACGGGUGUUACGCGAUAAACGAGAGAGGCAGUGUACGUGGAAACUGCCACCGACAAGGGAACAAUGUGUAUUUCAAGUGUGCUCCUGAGUAAGUUUAUAUGUUGCAAAACUACAACAACAACAACAACAACAAUCUUUAUUGUGCUAUUAAUACCAAAGAAGCAGUAAAGUAAUUUAAAGGAAAUAAUUGCAAAAAAAAAGUGAGCACAGCCACUCAGAAAAAGCAAAAGGAGCGCCAUUAGCUUUUCGGUCUAUCUUGAAAGGACAUAAGUACGGCCAAGUCACCUUUCUGGUCAGACUCAAUGAAAGACGUAUUACCUGUCUCCAACAAAACGUGCGCAUUGUAUUCGCAGCAAUAUUGAUUACUGUCAUAUAUUCCCUGCAACAAUGUUCUUUCUUUGGUACGAAAAUUUCACAGGCACUCAAGCGCGGUAGACUUGAUUCAUCAGCAAAAUGAUAGCCUUUGUAAUAACUUUGUCCGAACGUCAAGCCACGUCCUACGACAAUCAAGAUGUCGUCGGAUGUGGGCUAAUUUUAUUCAGACAGGAUCCGAAGAAACACGGAAAUGUUGCCUUGGAUAUCAAUCCCUGUGAGCACUUGGGUGUGUGAUUGGCCCCUUUAACAGCUGCUCUUCGGAAAAUUAGCCCUCGCCUACUUAUCGCACAGCUGGUCUUGCUCAAAAUUGCAUAAAAGGCAUAGUUUUCUUUUGCCUUUAAGUUAAUCGUUUACUUUGCCUUAUGGAGUUUUUUGUUCUAGGGACAAGCUUUGUGGAAUGCUUCACUGUACAAACAUAGAUAAAAUUGACUAUCCAGUUAUUGGCACUGAAAGAAGCAGCUACGCGCAUUACAUUGGGAGUACGUUAUGCAAGUUAGUAUCUUUCUGUCUCUUUUGUUUUCUUGUAGUUACACAUUUAUUCAAAAUGGGAACUGUGCUCGAAAAUUCGCCACUGGGCGCUGGUUUUAAACAAAUCAUUUGCUCUAUUUCACUUUUCCCAGCGGUAAAGAUUUCGAGAAAAGAGUGAUAAAAGAAGUAGCAAGCAACGGACUCGUACUCAAUCAGAUUAAGACUAAAUAAAUGCUGUUUGGUACUAGGCAGAAACUAGAACACUGUUCAGACCAUAAAAUACAAGGAAAGAAAUUGACAGAGUAUCGAGCUUUUGGUACUUAGGGGUUACACUAGACGAGAAUCUCUCGUGGAACGAGCUCGUAGAAUUGAUUUGUAAUAAAGUGAGCAACCGUCUCGACCUGCUGUUCCGCAUACGACGUUACCUUACCCUAAAAGCUGUCAAAUGAGUGUAUAAUUGUUUAGUAUAGCCGAUUUUGAUUACACUGAUUCGUUACGGGGUUGGCUGUCAAUCGAACGCACUAACAGCUUGCAACGUCUACAAAACAGGGCGGUACGCGUAAUACGAAGGAGGGCAGGGUGGACCUGGAAACACAAAGAAAAGCCCACAAAUGUAUUUUAGUUUUAAAAUAUCUAAAUGAAUUAGUUCCUCCGUGUUUAUCGGAUUAUAUUAUUAGAAAUCGCUCUAUUCACAAUCACUAGACAAGACAAAUCAACGACAUUCAUCUACCGAACCCCAAGUUAACGCUAGGAAAAAGCACUUUUAGGUUUUCAGGUGCGGUUCUUUUUUGCAAUUUACCGACAUCAAUCAAUUUUUUCAUCAGUUUUUAAGAACUUUCUUAGAUUUCGUUUUAGCCAUUAGUUGUGUCUUAUUAAUAUAAUUCUUAGGUAACUUUGAUAGUUCUCUUAUUUUUCUUAAUCUUAAACAAAUUAUGAUGAUGUGUAAUUUCCCUUUUAGGCACUUUUUAAGAUCCUUUGCAGUGUGCAAAGAAAGUAGUGUCCGAUAGCCCGGGGCUAGUGGAUUUUGCUAUCGGGUUAGGGAACUUUGUUCCUAACUUGCCCGAUGGGGAAAUGAAAUUUUUUGAGGAAUUCAAAUUACAGAAGAACUGUAGAAUCAAUUCUGCUCAUCAAAAUGUUUUUGGGGCUAGUUUAAAUGACGUUUGGGCUAGUAUAUGCUAGCUCUAGCUUGCCCGAAUGGCAAGCUUUAAAAAUGACUUUCCUUUGCUUUGUACAAAAUUUUAAAGUAAUUUUUAUUAUCAUGUAGUCAUAAUUUACGCAGGGCCCCUUUUGAUACCAGCCAAUGGCUGAUAGGGCUACCCUGCCCAAUUAAAGUUGACUUGACCUGGCUGUGCGAGACGGUUCUUCCGUUCGGUUUUGCGGGAACGACGGGAGUAUUUGCGCACCAACUCGUUUCAUGAUUGCGCCUUCCACGCGAAAUCCUUCGUGACAGAGAGUUUGUUCGUCGCUCAUUGAAGAAGUUGAACUUUUAAAGAACCUUAAGUAAGUUUUUUUCUGCUCACUUGUAAGAGCCAGUGGGUCGACUUUCUCUUAAGGGGCUUGUUAGGUUAAUUUGCCCCUUUGUUUUACUUUUUUUAUUGGUCUGACUGCAUAUUACCAGGAGAAUAAUGGAUUUUCUCUUCUGAAGUUCGUUCGCUUUGUUUACAUUUUAUAGAAGUGCUUCUGUAACCCUUGCAAAAGAUAUGCCUGAUCCUGGAGAGACUUUAGAGGGGACAAAAUGCGGAGAGAACAAGGUGAGUUGUCGAACAGUUGAGUGACCAGCAACACCGGUGUGCCUUGUAGUUACCUUGAAAAGUCACCUCGGGUUUGACCUACAAUAAAAUGAGCCCUAACAGAAGCCAACAGGUACUAAUUUUUUUUUCGGCGUGUAAUAUUCUUAGCGACAAAGUUCCAGGUGCAGAUAAUUUUUUCGUUGUAGAACGUGACUUUUUACGCUGCCAAACUGUGCUUAUGGGAGUUUUCACUGUUUUCGCUGAGGCCAUCUGCUGCUUAACAAAUCAAUGAGGAAUUGCACCUUCCUUGGGAGAAGAUUAUUCAUUCUUGCCAAACUAAACUCUCAUGAACGUAACUUUCUAUUUUCCUCCAGCUCUGUAUAGACAGAAAGUGUACAGAUAUACAAGUGUUUAGCUCAGGCCUUAGGCAGUGUCGAAACAACUGCUCCAAUGGAAAUGGGGUGAGUAACUCUUGUACUGUGAUGUAUAUCGUUCUUAGAAGAGGCUUGCGUGUUUCUGGAGUAGAAAUACUACUCUUCAAGUUUGAGGGGUCGCUAUCACAUGCUAAUCAUUCAGUUUAGUUAAAGCUAUUGGUGGUGCCAAGAGAUUUUUUCAUUUUAAAGUAGUGUUAAGUUUUACAACAUUAUCUCUUUUACUUUCCCAAAGACCGCAACUGUAAUCUUCAAUGCAGCUGUUUAUGUUCCUGAAUAUGAUUUGAUUACAUUCGAAUUCCGUAGAUUUGCAACAAUGAAGCCGAAUGUUUCUGCCUCAGCUGCUGGCAAGGCCGAGAUUGCAGUGAGUGGGUAGAAUGCAUUAAUCCAACUAAAGCUGGAGGUAUGUCACUGAGGUGUACAAAAAAAGUGCAAAUAGCCUGAGUAGUAGUCGUGGAGGAGGGAAAUCCACUAUAUUUCUCACGCACUUGUUACGUAGGCUGAACAGGAAAGGCCAUUCGUGACGAAUUUCGGCUCUUCUGUAAAAAACAGCGUUGAAAAUAAGUUAAAAACUGAAAAUGGAAACUUAAUUGUUGGAAGACUAGGUAACGUCCUCGAGCCUCGCUCAUCGCUCGCGAUUGUCCCUUUGCCCGUUUUGGUACUUUGAUAGUUAAAGGUCAGGCUCAGCGAUCAUCUGUUUGCAUUUCUCAAAAUUAGUUCUCCUGACGACUAAACAGGAAUUAACAAGGUUUCUCUUUAAUUUGUUGUUGUUUUCUUCGUUUGUUUGUUUGUUUGCCAAACAAACAAACAAACAAACAAACAUGAAGAAGCAAACCUCUUUUUUUUCGCGACAAGUCACAUUGACUGGUGAAUGUUAUUAAAACAACCGAGAGAAAAAGCCGUACGAAAUUGUCCUGAAAUUCUCUUUCGACAUCGCUGUCUGAUGAAAUUAUACCUAGACUACCUGCUCAUUUUUACAUUUUAGUCGCGAAAUGCACGCCAGAUCUAGUGAAGAAGCAAACCGUUUAAACCUAGUUGCAUUUCAUCUUUUAUUGAAUUCACCAUCGCAUUAUACGCGAAAAUACAUCUCGUGUACCUCACCUUACACCCUGCAUUGCAUUGCUUCGCGUUUCAUACCCUAUACGUUGCAUCGAACGUACAUUGAAGUUGACUGCGUUCUAUCCAUUCGCAUUUAUUUUUUCCACUGUCUUGCACGUGCAUCAACUUACCACAUUGCUGUGCAUAAAGCAUCCACUGCGUGUCACUGUACAACCUGAACGUGAGUUUUCGGCGAAAAUCUCUUACUGUCUCCAUCUGUUAACGUCAUGAAUGCUUUUAGAGCACCAUGCUUAGCCCGCAAAUAAUCGAAAGCCUAAAGAGUUGUAGAGCAUUUUCUGCCAUUUAAGGUGUUAAAGUAAAUGAUUCAGCCGAUCAUAAAGUUAAAAAGUGAAAGUUAAAAAAAGUUAUUUUCUAUAAUGUUGCUUAACUCUAAAUGCGAUAAAGUUGUAACUUAUCAGCCAUACUUAAGCUAAAAUGGAAAAGUACAGGUGCACUUGAAGGGGGUGUUUUUGAAUGACGUGAGAGCAGGCGCAUUACAAAGUGGUAUACACCUAUUUCAAUACAGGUUGCUUUGGGAAUCGUACUUUGGUCUUCGGAAGCCAUUGUUUGCAGGGGCGGAUCUAGGGGGAGGGUGCAGGGGGUGCGCACCCCCCCGAGAUUACCUGCGGUUUUCUAAUACAAACGGUAUUCUGCAAAAAAAAAACUAUUGGUUUAUUGGUGUUGAAGUUGGGCAAGAGACGUGUGCACCCCCUCCUAAAAAAAAUCUUGGAUCCGCCCCUGGUUUGGUUGUCACUCAAGCAAAGCAUUUCACUGUAUUCUGUGUUUCAGUGACCAAAUCCCAAAGCAACUUUUAUUGAAAUAGAUGUAUGUCAGCGAUAGAACCUCUCGUCGUUACACUUGCAUUUAUCUUACUCAGCAAGUUUCUCCUGACGCCUUAUGAAGCCUCCGUAGAAGAGAAAUUGAAAGCGGUUUGGCGCACAAAAGACAAACGUGCAUGUGCUAUAGCUUUUAUUUGAAUGACUUCUGGCGUUUCACAAUAGACUCCAAAGUGAUAGCCAACUGGCCGUCAAGUUGCGAAGGACUGCAAAAACUACUCCUAAGUAGCUUUUCAUUUCAUUUGCAAUUCUAUUGAUUAACCGAAGCGUUGAUUUCGGAAAGAAAAUUUAAGGGAUUGGCUUUUAGUUGGUAUAUGAUGCUUUUUUCAGAGAGAGAAAAGAUUUAGAGAGUCUUGGUUGACAUGGUAUUAUUUCUAUUUGAUUACGUGGAACAAAGACCCUGUUUUCAAAAUGUCUAUUGACCCGCAACAAAGGUCAUCUUGUUUCAAUCUAACUGCUAAGGAUUUCGAUCAUAGGCGCAAAAGUUAGACGCUUUGCCUGCCUAUAGCUUUUAAACAAUUCGCCUCCAGUUAUUAGCGCGUGUCACAAUAUCGCGUUUUUUUAUAUGAACGCUAACCUGUAGACCCUAGGGUGCUCUUCAAGGUAUAACUUUUCCGAGCGAGCAUCCUGAGUGAUAAACCUGUCAGCAUUUAAAAUAAUCAGGUCAUUUUUUUCAAGUUCCAAAGCUUAGCACCCUGCUGAUAAAUAUAACUGACCUAACGCAUUCUAAACUCAGGGUUUACAUUUCCUAUAUGAUUCACUUCAUUCAAAUAUUGUCUUCAUUUGAUUUGAAUACUAUAAAUUAUGAAAAGAUAAAUUAUAACUAACUAGUCUGUGAUGUUUUUCUUCGACACCCGACAUGUAUCAACCAUACCUAUGCCCUGCAUGUAAACCACUCCUCCCCACUACGUACAGGUCACGACACAGUCUCGUCUAUAGUCACUACUACUACAGCAAACAUCACAGAGGUCCCAGGUAAGACUUGACAAAUGACUCUUUUGCUGUUUUACUAACCUUGCUCACACGACUGGCCCUAUUUUUGUCGUCACGCAACACCCAUUUAAGUUCUCGCCGCACGUUCCAUGCUCCCCAACUUGAAUUGAUUAUUACGAAUCCCCCAUAAUGCACUCUGUUUUCUGUCAAAAUUUUGCAUAAUCUAUUGUUUUCCAUUGCUCACGGGAAUAUGCUGACCUCCCAGGGGAAUCGAAAAGACUACGGUCAAACCCCGUUAAUACGGACACUGAGGGGGUCAUAGGAAGUGUCCGUAUGAGCGGGGUGUCCGUAUAAAGUGGGUUGAAUUAAGAGAAAGUGUAAGGGCUUUCUUUCCCCAGGGACAAACCAAACUGCCCGUUAUAGUGAGGUGUCCGUAUUAAGCGGGUGUCCGUAAAGCGGGGAUUCACUCUAGUUUAUUCAAAAUUUUGGAGGCAAAACGAGUGUAGGAUGGGGGAUUCGAUUGACCUUAUUCUACAAGUUACACAUACUGCAAAAGUAUCGACUAUAUGACAAAUUAGCUCCAUCAAAUCUUCACCUACAAUUCUCUCUACCUUCGGAACAAUACAGAAUAUAUUCCUGUUCCAGAAUAAGGUCAAUAGAAGGCAUUAUUAGGAUUUCCUUCCGCUUUUUAGGUAUGUGUCAGCAACCAUCUCCUAACUGGUCUGAUCUGUUUUUGACGAAAAUGCGAACGUACGUCAACUGGCAAUAAACCCAUAAAACAAGAUAACAUUUUUCGGAUCCCAUAGUGCACGUAUUGUGUGACGUAUUCUCAGAGCUCUUGCCUACCUGGAACAAGCCAGUCGAUAUCAAAACAAUGUUGUGUGAUGACCAAGAUAGGCGUCGUGUGAUGAAAACCGUGCGUGUAAAUUAAAUUAAUUGUAAAUGCUUUGCGCAAUUUAAUUGUGUGGUGGCUCGUGGCUUUCUGUUGACGUUAAUGCUUUAAUGAUGCACUUUUACAGAUGUUAUUGCUUUUAGUAGUAAUGUUAAAAGCAUAAGCACAAAAACGUUGAACCUCCUGUUGUUUCCCUCCCAAUCACUCCUCUAGUUUAACUCCUGGAAGAGAUGUUAGUCAAUAACACAAUCAAAAAGCUACAGAUAAGCAAUAAGGAAAGGUUUUUAUGUUAAUACGGAUACUCAAAACAGGGGAAGGUUAAGUUAUAAGCAGUUACAGCACUUUGAAGCCAUUUUCUUCUUUUCUUGGGGACUAUCUAACAUUCACACCAUUUGUAGAGUCCCUCAGGAGGUUUCACUAGCUAUACUAAUUACCGCUAACACUAAAGUCAGCUAAUGUUCUACAUUUUACGCAUUGGAAGUUCUCUAAACACACUUGGACAAACCAUAGGCCAGUACAUGUCUCCUUGUUUGCAUGCGUUCUAUUAACUGUGAAAUGAAAUACCCAGAUUAAGUAACGUUUGAACGAAUUUUCCACCUUGUCACACUUGAAAAUCCAACUAAAGUUAUUAAUCUACUACUAGAGUAACUAUUGAGUGCAUGAACCAACAGACAUAACAUUGUGAACAUUAUGAAACUUUCCAUUUUUUUCAACUACUAAUAUUUUGUCUCCGAUUCUUGUGAUUGUUCUCUCUUAAUACACCCAUUGUCGACUUAGUAUUUCGUCAGUUUACUUACAGCAUACCUGUGCUUUUACAGUGUAUACCAUUUGACGGUUUACCACUGUUUCAUUCUUUAAGAAAGUGGAAAACGAAAAUCCAAACGCUGUUAGCUGUCAUUUAAUCAUCAUGUAAUUUUUAUCAAGUUUAAAUUUUUUAUUAUCGCUUUGCGCCUACGUGCAAAUGACAAAUGUGAAAAACCAUGCUACAACAGGUUCUUGUUCUUGCAACCUAUACUAGGCUCCAGUUCUGUCCCUCUCUCUUUCUGUCACGCAACGCUAGUAGAAAGUGGCGAGAGACGCUUGUGUGCGUAUGCCGACGUUGCGUGACUGACAGAGUGGUGGACCAGAGCUGGAAUAUAUAACAUCCCGUCAAGAGAAAACAAAGCGAUGCACAAAAUUGGAUAAAAAUGUCGUGCGACGCUACGUAAAGGCUCGCCAACGGCGCAACAAAACUGCAACUGAAAAUUGUCUACUGUUAAGAGGCCUUUUUAUCCGUGAUUGUUUUUUAUUUCGCUGGCCUUUCCCGCAUUAUAUAUGUAAUUUGUCAAGUUUCAAUACACAGUUGUAAUAGGACAGUUGCAGUGGCUCCAUUUAUUAUGCUUUGCAGCAGCAAUGUCGUACCGUAAAUGAUCUAAUGGACUCCAGGGGCGUCUAUUUUAUUUUAGGAGCCCAAAAGGAGGCGUUUAAUAGGUAGGAGGUGUUUGUUCUUACAACUGUAACAAACUCCACAAAAGAAUAUGCUUUAGGCGAAUAUAUCACCACAGUUUGUAAAUAGCAGACUAUCCAGUCCAUCCAUAGGUACUUCAAGACCGUUUAGAGUAAGCCAGUAUCUUUACUUUGAACUAGUUUGAGAUUGAACAAUAUGCAAUGCGCCAACUCUCAUAAUUUAAACGAAACUGGAUGAAUCGAAAAAUGUUCCUCUGUUUUGCUAUUUCCUUGUAUUGUCUUACGGGGCGUCUAAUACAAACUGAAAAGCGUAGGCGGGGGGCGUUUAUUUGAGAAAGGGCGUCUAUUAGAUUAUUUACGGUAUGGAAGUUUUUUCCACCCCUCGUCUUUAAAUAAGGAGCAUUCUGCGUCUCGUGCUGUGUGGCUAUGUUGUAGUGUGUUGCUCAGUACUGAACAUUUUGCUAACUCGUCACUCACUGGACUUAUCAUAUCCUAAGGACCUAAAGAUCCACAAACUGACGAUGGCAAAGGAAGUAAUUUGGCAGGAAUCUUGGUUGGUGUGUUUAUUAUUAUCUUCCUGAUUAUUGGAGCUGGUGUCGCUAUAUAUUAUCGAAAAAAAUUGUUGCAGAAGUUCCUCAUCAGUUAUUGGCGCUGGUCAUUCAACUGAUCAUUUAUCUUUUUAUCGUCGUAAAAAAUUGUUGCAGAACGUGGCGAGAAUAUCAUGCCCGGAAAAACUUGGCCCCCUCCUAUGGCGCUUAGAAAUCGUUUUAAGAACAAACAUUCAACUUUUUGGAUCAUUUAUCUAUUAAUUUUUCGCAUUCGGUUUCAAAUUUCAUUUUUAUAAUUUUGGAUCCCGUUUAAUCGAAUAUUUGUUAUAUCUGCGGACUGCCAUGAUAUUUUAAAUUUAUCAAUAAUCGAUUAGCAUCCCGAACAGGUAUUCUCAAUUUCUAAUCGAUUAAGAACAGGUUCCGUGUUAACGGUGAUGAGGGAGUGUAGAAGGAAAGGAAAAAAAAAGGAUGUUUUUCUGCAUGAAUUAACCCUUUUAAGACCGAUAUCCACAUUCAAAUUCCUUAGACUUACCUCCCUCAUUUUUGUCAAGAAUUAGUUGAGAGAUUUUGUUUUGAGAUCAAAGAGAUUUUUUUAACGUGAUUAUUUUAAUGAUUCUCUCCCCAUACCCUUUACUAUUGAUUAUGUAAGUGUUAUUGCGACGAGGGGUACUGCUGUAGACUGUCCCUCUCCCCUACCCCCUCCUUUCCUUCCCCCCUUUCCCAUCAACCCUGUGCUUUUAUUAUACUCUCUUCACAACUUCGUGUCUUAAUUAGGCGAGUCGAAUAAGGAUCAGCACUUCGUAAAACAAAAAUGAUUUCAUUUGUCUAACAAGAACAGGUGCGUUUUAUCAAGUGUACAACACGAGGCAUAGACCAAACUGCCAGUUUUUUGGACUGCCACGUAUGGAACUCCUGUACAUUUGCGCAUUCUCAGAGACCAAGAAAACUGGAGCUAACACCAUUCCUGUGUUUUAUCAGUUUUCAGAGACCCAUUCUGAAAUGUUUCUCUCUUAUUCAAUACCCCUCUUCUUUGUUUUGUAUGGAAAAAAUGAAUUUAAGACCUGGUCACCAUUGAAACUACAGUGACCACAAUAGUGACCUGAUGGUUCUAAAGUAAUGAAUAGGUGCAUUAAAUCGCUAUUUCUUCUUAUUAUUUUUAAGAAGGUCUGAAGUUCAGCAUUUUUUGUGUUGCUGUUUCUUAUUCAUAAAUAUUCAAAAUUCUCGUUAGGUACAAAGGUGUUUCCACUAGAUCUCCCAAACAAAGAGGAGCGCGUAAUGGAGGUGCAACACACUGGAAGACCGACGUAGAGGCCCCUAAACCGAGGCCCAAUAUAUCAGGACCCACUCUUAACAGCACCACAAGAAAAAAUGAUCCUGAUGUUGCUAUAACUACAAAUCCACUGGGCUCGACAAAGUUCACGAAUGUUUACAAUAAACAGGAUCAACCAGUAUCACAGCCUCCAGUAGCCUUUAAACCUACUCCACCUAAACCUGGAAAACCGGAAGCUGAAAAGGUGGACUCAACGGAUUAUCCAGCGCCAAAGCUUCGAAAUCGAGAGUGGCCCCCAAAGAAUGACAAGAAAGCUUCCUUAAAUCGCGUCUCCAGUCCCCCAUUGGUAGGAGAACCAGUUAAACCUUUUAAACCUGUUCCGGUGAGGCCUCCCCGACCGGAGAGCCACGCAGGAAUCCUAGAGAAACCAGCUGUCCCCCCUCCCCCUGUUAAGAGUCCACAAUCACAAUGGGCUGGUGAACAGAAGAAGGACACAUCGGUUGUGGGUAGUCAACCAAAAGUACCAAAACGGCCAUCAGAGGAGAGGCCAUCUUCGUUGCCUCUUAAGCCGUCUGACAUUAAAAAAGGAGGACUUCCUGCAGGCAACAACCCCUCUCUUGUGAGUCAACCAAAAGUUUCUCCUAGGCCCCCCACAACUGGCAGCGGUGCGAAAGUAACAAAGCAGCCAUUAGAGGAAAGGCCGUCCUCCUUGCCUCUUAAACCCUCGGACAUUAAAAAGGCAGGACUGGCGUCAGGCAACAAAAAGCCCUCGUCUUUUUCUGCGGCAGACAAUAAACCUGCUCCUGGUAGACAAACAAAUGUUCUCUCUAAGCCCGCCACAAGAACUGACGACAAAUUUCCGAAACGACCAUCGGAGGAGAGGCCAUCGUCUCUGCCUCUUAAGCCCUCUGACAUAAAGAAAGUGGGACUCGCGGACAACAACAAGCCUUCGUCUCUUUCUGGGGUGGUCAAUAAACCUGCUUCUGGUAGGCAAUCCAAUGUUCUUCCUAAGCCCGCAACAAGAAGUACUGGCGAGAAAUUUCCGAAACGGCCAUCGGAGGAGAGGCCAUCGUCCUUGCCUCUUAAGCCUUCUGAUAUUAAAAAAGCGGGACUUGCGGACAACAAAAAGCCUUCGUCUUUUUCUGCGGCUGAUAAUAAACCCAAGAAAGUUCCGCUCAAACCACCCGGACCAGUCCCUCCGCGACCAGGAUCAAGACCCACGUGA